UCUCCCAGGGUCUCCCCCGGAGAGGAGAAUUCUGCUGCAGGUGGAGAGAACUCUGCAGUGCAUCCUUCCAGUUCUGUCUCUGAUACUCCAUCUGAAAUGCAAGCCGAGGAUAACCAAAACUUCCUCCCCCCGGCCUCCAGCACAGACAUGAACCUUCAGUUGAAGAUUGAGAUUUCCAGUCCUGUUUCCACAUUGUGCCGCCCACCCCUUCAGCGCUGUCUGUCCUGCCCCUUGUUGCCCCAUCGUCCACGGAGGUUCAGCUUAGAGACUGCAGAGCCGGAUGUCCCAGUGUGUUUCUGCAAAGCCAAGAUCUCCAGGAAAAGGAGACACAGUGUGGGCACCAUAGAGGAAUGCCGCAAUCUACACUUGUCACCCAUCUCUUUAUCCUGCCUGAGAAAAGAGAAGCACCCAUCUGCCCUCUGGACAAACUGCCAGCCAGAGAGUGUCCUGCAGUACGCCAUUAGCUCCCCGCCUGGCCGGUGUUUGGAUGGAGUGAGAGAGACGGAGAGGAGUUCGGGGGGCGCUGACUCAGCAGAGGGAUCCAAUCCUUUCUCUCGGUGCAAGGAAAUAAAGGAGCGCAAAGUGUCCAACAUUCAGAUCCGGAAAAGAGUGGCGAGACAAGAAGGGACUCUCACGCCAAUGGGCCUCCCCAAACGUCUCCGAUUGCAGAAAGAUGACUUCAGCCUGGAGGAGAUUUACACCAACAAGAAUUACCACACCCCCACCGAGAAGAGAAAAUUUGAAACCAUAUUUGAAGAGCCAGUAAUGAAGGGUGGUACUCUCAUCCUUACAAGCCAACGCCCUCUGCGAAGAAUUAUGGUAUUUAAGAACAGCAACGCCCCGCGCAGGAAGAAGAAGAAAAAAGGACGAGGAGGCGGACGCACCCGCAGCUGUGUGGACAACAAAGGAAGCGUGAAUGCUGAACUGUUACUGCAGCACAAACUGGACCAGCUGGAGGUUGAACUACAAGAGGAGAUGGAGCUGAACUAGAAGAUACCACCACGACCAAUGCCUUCAUCUCUCUGCCAGGACUGCCUUAUAGGGCGGGCCUCUAUCCCCCAGGACUGCCUUAUGGGGCGGGCCUCUAUCCUCCAGGACUGCCUUAUGGGGCGGGCCUCUAUCCUCCAGGACUGCCUUAUGGGGCGGGCCUCUAUCCUCCAGGACUGCCUUAUGGGGCGGGCCUCUAUCCCCCGAGACUGCCUUAUGGGGCGGGCCUCUAUCCCCCAGGACUGCCUUAUGGGGCGGGCCCCUAUCCCCCAGGACUGCCUUAUGGGGCGGGCCUCUAUCCCCCAGGACUGCCUUAUGGGGCGGGCCUCUAUCCCCCAGGACUGCCUUAUGGGGCGGGCCUCUAUCCUCCAGGACUGCCUUAUGGGGCGGGCCUCUAUCCUCCAGGACUGCCUUAUGGGGCGGGCCUCUAUCCCCCGAGACUGCCUUAUGGGGCGGGCCUCUAUCCCCCAGGACUGCCUUAUGGGGCGGGCCCCUAUCCCCCAGGACUGCCUUUAUGUUGUCAUUUACCUCCCACAGUCGGCUUAUGCGGUAGUCAUCUGUUUUCCUGGCCCAGGUUAUGUGUUAGUCUCUAUCUUCCGAGACUGGCUUAUGGAAGGUGGUAGUUCUUGGCUUCCCAGGGCCGGCUUAUAUUGUAGUUAUCAGACUCAUGGGGCCGGUUAAUAUUUUGGUCAUCUAUCUCCUGGGAUUGACUUACAGUAUGUUGUAGUCAUCUGCUUUCCUGGGUUGAUUGAAGGGGUAGUCGUCUGUCUCCCGGGGCCAGGUGAAGGGGUAGUCGUCUGUCUCCCGGGGCCGGGUGAAGGGGUAGUCGUCUGUCUCCCGGGGCCGGUUGAAGGGGUAGUCGUCUGUCUCCCGGGGCCGGUUGAAGGGGUAGUCGUCUGUCUCCCGGGGCCGGUUGAAGGGGUAGUCGUCUGUCUCCCGGGGCCGGUUGAAGGGGUAGUCGUCUGUCUCCCGGGGCCGGGUGAAGGGGUAGUCGUCUGUCUCCUGGGGCCGGUUGAAGGGGUAGUCGUCUGUCUCUCGGGGCCGGUUGAAGUAGUAGUCAUCUAUCUGACUGGGCCGGUUGAAGUGGUAGUCGUCUGUCUCCCGGGGCCGGUUGAAGGGGUAGUCGUCUGUCUCCCGGGGCUGGUUGAAGGGGUAGUCGUCUGUCUCCCGGGCCGGUUGAAGGGGUAGUCGUCUGUCUCCUGGGGCCGGUUGAAGGGGUAGUCGUCUGUCUCUCGGGGCCGGUUGAAGUAGUAGUCAUCUAUCUGACUGGGCCGGUUGAAGUGGUAGUCGUCUGUCUCCCGGGGCCGGUUGAAGGGGUAGUCGUCUGUCUCCCGGGGCCGGUUGAAGGGGUAGUCGUCUUUCUCCUGGGGCCGGUUGAAGGGGUAGUCGUCUGUCUCCCGGGGCCGGUUGAAGGGGUAGUCGUCUGUCUCCCGGGGCCGGUUGAAGGGGUAGUCGUCUGUCUCCUGGGGCCGGUUGAAGUGGUAGUCGUCUGUCUCCCGGGGCCGGUUGAAGGGGUAGUCGUCUGUCUCCUGGGGCCGGUUGAAGGGGUAGUCGUCUUUCUCCCGGGGCCGGUUGAAGGGGUAGUCGUCUGUCUCCUGGGGCCGGUUGAAGUGGUAGUCGUCUUUCUCCCGGUGCCGGUUGAAGGGGUAGUCGUCUAUCUCCCGGGGCCGGUUGAAGUGGUAGUCGCCUGUCUCCCGGGGCCGGUUGAAGGGGUAGUCGUCUGUCUCCCGGGCCGGUUGAAGGGGUAGUCGUCUGUCUCCCGGGGCCGGUUGAAGGGGUAGUCGUCUAUCUCCCGGGGCCAGUUGAAGGGGUAGUCGUCUGUCUCCCGGGGCCGG